AUGGACAUCCCUUCCUGUUUCUGUGUGGGAGCUGCAGCCAUGUUCUUCCUCACGGUGCUCCGGAGGUUUAAAGAGGGGAACUGGACCUUCGGGGCCCUCGUAGGGGCCCUCGUCGGGACCCUCGUCGGGACCACUCUGUGCCUCGCUGCACCACCGCUGGACUGUGGGACGGCCCUGCUCGGCUGCAGCUUGGUCCUGAUUGGCUGCAGCUUGGUCCUGAUGUGCGAGCCGGAGAGAAGUGUGGAGCAGCUGCAGAGCAGAGCGGUGCUGAUCACAGGCUGUGAUUCGGGCUUCGGCCUGGCGCUGGCGUCCCGGCUCAGCGAGGCCGGGCUGAAGGUGUUCGCCGGCGUGCUGGAUGAGAACGGACCCGGGGCCCGCCGGCUCCGAGAGCGAGGAUCCCAAAACCUGCAGGUGCUGCAGCUGGACGUGACCGACGACAGCCAGAUAGAGACGGCACGCAGACACGUCUGCUCGCAGCUCCACAACACAGGUCUGUGGGGUUUGGUGAAUAAUGCCGGUGUGCUCCACUGUCCGGCCGACGCCGAGCUCCAUCCGAUGGCGGCGUACCGACUCUGCGUUGACGUCAACUUCCUGUCAGCGGUGAAGAUGAGUCAGGUCUUCCUCCCACUGCUGAGACGAUCCAGAGGACGCAUAGUCAACAUGUCCAGCAUGGCAGGUGAGGUGGCGAUGCCGAUGCUGGCGGCGUACGGAGCCUCUAAGGCGGCUCUCAGUGUGUUCUCCAGAGUGAUGAGGCUCGAGCUGACGGCAUGGGGCGUCACCGUGGUAACCAUCCAACCAGCAGGAUUCAGAACCAAUAUCUUUGGGAACAGCGUCGACGCUGCUCGCUACAGAGACGAGAUCGUGUCAGCCGCGUCCUCCGAAGCCAGAGAGGAUUAUGGGAUGGCUUACAUCUCGUCCCUGCCCGGCCGGCUGUCCCAGAUGUCCCGGCAGUCUGCGGAGGAUCUGUCUCCGGUGGUGCACGCCGUGCGCCACGCUCUGCUGGCAGCGCGGCCCAAAGCGCUGUACACCCCCGGCAGGAUGGGAUGGUUCCUCCCGUUCCUCCAGCGCUGCUGCCCCGGCCGCAUGUUCGACGCCGUGAUCAUGGCGCUCGCCGGACACUCGGACUGCAAACCUGCUGCUCUCCACGGGAGCUGAGGCUCAUGGGAACAA